AUGUCGUUCCCCACCUCCACCGUGGCGUGGUCUCAGUAUCCCAUGCAACCGCCCGCGUACACCUCAGUCCCCGCCCGCACAACUCUGCCCAGGCCCGCGCCUCCUCCGCCAGCGACGCCCGCCCCGGCGACGCCGCAAAAGGUCGAGUGGUCGCCCGCCGUCCGCGCCUACGUCUCCCGAGCGUUCGAUGCAGAAAAUGCCAUCGCCGGUAUCUCGCAAGCGGAGAUGACGGAAAAGCUUAGGGCCAUCAUCAGCUCCUUCGCGGAGCGAGACGCUCUCGACGCUGUCGACUGGCCGAAUCAUCCCCUGCCGCAGGAGAUCCUCCGCGCCGAGCGAGCUGCCGCAAAGUCUCUGCACCCUCAAGUCUACCAACACAGCGCACUCAUGACUUCUCCCAACGAGCUCGCUAACCCUCCCUUUGACACCCCUCAAUCCAAGAAGCGCAAAUCGCAGGACAAGGACGAGCUGCAGGCGCGCCCUGCAGAGGCAUCGAUCCCGCCCUGGCGAAGGACUAACCUAGAAGACCGCAUCACCUACUCUAAUGCACACAACGACAAGCGACACAAGAAGAACGCUCUCUUUGGCGACACCGCAAGUAAGUUAGACCAGGCCGACCUGGAGAAGCGCAAACAGCGCUUCCAACUCCCAAAAUCCGGCAACAAGUCAACACCGCCCUGGAGCUCGCCGCGACACGACUCUGACUCAGACAUGUCUACCGCCCCCGUCAUUGGAACGAAUCAGAGCCUCGAAAAGAGCUACUUCCGCCUGACAGCCCCGCCCAAGGCAGAGACCGUGCGCCCUCUGCACGUGCUUGAGAAGUCUCUUGCUAUGCUCACGAAGAAGUGGAAGGCUGAGAAGAACUACAACUACAUCUGCAAUCAGUUCAAGUCCCUCCGUCAAGAUCUUACUGUCCAGCACAUCAAGAAUGCCUUCACUGUGAAGGUCUACGAGAUUCACGCCCGCGUCGCGCUGGAGAAGGGGGACUUGGGUGAGUAUAACCAGUGCCAGACACAGCUGAAGGCGCUGUAUUCGCAAAAGUUGGGAGGUAAUCCGGCCGAGUUCACCGCGUAUCGCAUUCUCUAUUUCGUGUAUACGUGCAACAAGACCGACAUGAACGAUCUGUUGGCAGAAUUAACCCCAGCAGACAAAACCCACCCGUGGAUAAAGCAUGCCCUUAACGUCCGUUCCGCGCUGGCUCUCGGCAACUACCACAAGUUCUUCAGGCUGUACCUAGACGCUCAGAACAUGGGCGGCUACUUGAUGGACAUGUUCAUCGAGCGCGAGCGACUGCAUGCUCUCGCUAACAUCUCUAGAGCAUAUACCAAUGUUGCGCAGCGCUUCCUUACGGACGAGCUCGGCUUCGAGAACGACGAUGCCUGCCGUGAAUUCCUCGAUUCCCAUGGUGCGCAGCACAUUAUCGAUGAGAAGGUGGACGAGCAGGGCGCACGGCAAUUUCGUGUAAAAGUAAGAGAGGGCGCCGCCGUGUUUGAGAGCCUCCGCGCCGCCGCCUUCAGCAAAGUAGACAUCAAAGGCCAGAUAUGA